CUGGGCCCAUGACAGGUUGGGUGGUGCAGCCUGCUACACGCCGCCUCGUCGUCGUCAGAGCCGACGCCGCCUGAGACCCGGCCGCCGCGGGAAUUCCGGCGGCCAGACAGCGGAUUCCUCCACAGCUAGCGAAAUCUCCCGGUGCCGGUAGUCUGGUACCGGGCCGAGAUUCGAACCCCCUGACCCCUCUCCUGAGCACACGGCCACACACCCCAUCUCUCGCGAUGGCGGCCUCUGCCGCCGCGGGGCGGAAGUGGGACCCAACCGUCUCGUUGCGGCUGGGCCACCCUGCGCUGGUGCUCCUCGAGCGGUGCCGCGGGGCGCGGCCGUUCCGGGCCAUCCUCGCCCACCUGCUUCGCCUCGGCCUCGCCUUGGAGACGUUCCCUAUGAGCCGGCUCCUCCACUUCGCCACCGCCGUGUCCUCCCCGCGCCUCACGCGCGAGGCUGAGCUCCUCUUCCACCAUUUCACGCCCCGCCCCAAUCUCUACAUCUAUAACCUCAUGCUCUCCGCGUCGGCGGCGUCGGCGGCGCGCGAUUCCUCCUCGCCGCCCCAGGCGGCGGCUGUCUACCGUUCCAUGCUCGCGUCGUCCGUCCUUCCCGACGAACAGACCUUCCUCGCGCUGCUGAGGUCGGUGGAACGCCUGUCCGCGGGGAGGCAGGUGCACGCCCAUGUCGUCGUGAGCGGUUUCCACUCGCGCGUGUACCUGCGGAACUCGCUGAUCAAGAUGUACAUCGACGCCGGGGAUGUCGAGACGGCCGAGCUGAUGUUCCGUUCUGCGCUGGUGUUGGAUACCGUGUCUUGCAACAUCAUGCUAUCAGGGUAUGUGAAUGAAGGGUGCAGCCUGAAGGCGCUGUGCUUUUUCCGAGAUAUGGCAUCCAGGGGGAUUGUUGCUGAUCGGUAUACAGCUGUUGCUCUGCUCACUUGCUGUGGGCGCCUGAAGACCGUGCUUCUUGGGAGGUCUGUUCAUGGUGUCAUUGUGCGGAGAAUGGAUGCAGGAGAUAAUUGGUUGAUUCUGGUAAAUGCUCUUCUGGAUAUGUAUGCAAAAUGUGGAAGAAUGAAUGCAGCUGAGAGAGUCUUUGGUGAAGCUAGUGAGAAGGAUGGCAUUUCAUGGAACACUAUGGUUUCAGGUUUUGCAAAUGCUGGCAUGUUGGACCUCGCUAGCAGAUUUUUUUCUGAGGCACCUUCUAGGGAUCUAAUAUCCUGGAAUGCACUUCUCGCUGGAUAUGCUAGAUACAAAGGUUUCAAUGAAGUGAUGAAACUAUUCCAUGAUAUGCUUGCCAGUUGUGUAAAUCCGGACAAGGUGACUGCUGUUACCUUGAUCUCUGUGGCCGCAGGUAAGGGAUCAUUGAAUCAUGCAAAGAGUAUCCAUGGUUGGGUGGUGAAACAAUUUGGUCAUCAGGAUGCUUUUUUGGCAUCGGCUCUUGUAGACAUGCAUUGCAAAUGUGGAAAUGUUAAGGUAGCUUAUUAUGUGUUUGAGAAAGCCUUGGACAAAGAUGUUACCUUGUGGACAGCUAUGAUCUCUGGCCUUGCAUUCAAUGGCCAUGGAACUGAAGCAUUGGAACUAUUUUGGAAGAUGCAAACUGAGGCCAUAGCACCUAAUGGUGUCACAUUGCUUGCUGUUCUCAGUGCAUGCAGUCAUGCUGGCCUUCUGGAUGAAGGGUGUAGGAUUUUGGAUGCUAUGAAGCAAAAAUACAGUAUCGAACCAGGGAUAGAACAUUUUGGAUGUAUGGUUGAUCUCCUUGCACGGUCAGGUAAGCUGAUUGAUGCAUUAGCUUUGGCUAGGAGGAUGCCGAUGAGGCCAAGUCGGUCUAUAUGGGGUUCCAUUUUAAAUGCGAGUUUGGCUGGUCAAAAUACUGAAGUUGCAGAAAUUGCUUCAAAAGAACUCCUUCGUCUUGACCCAGAAGACGAAGGUGGAUAUGUCUUGCUUUCCAACUUGUAUGCGGCUGGAGGUCACUGGAACCACAGUGACGAAGUGAGGCAGAACAUGAAAAGAAAAGGAGUGAAAAAAUCAGCAGGUGCUAGUAAUUUUGGAUGUUGAUGUUGUUGCUUCAGAACUUCAGAUGCCAGUUACUAGAAAAGUUGGCGCAGCCUUGCCGUGCCCUCCUUUUCGAAUGGGCCAGUGGCGAUAAUGAUUGGAAUGGGCCAUGUUUUAUAUGCUAAGCCCAAUGCUAUAAUGUCCAUGGAGGGGAUAUAGUCCUUUGAAUAUGGACAGGACUGUAGUCUCUCUUGUUUGUUCCUGAAUUGUGUUGCUGCUGGAAUCAGUUGCGCCCUCAACAUCUGUCGUGUGGGUGUUCACCCAAUUGUGAAGUUUGUUCAGUCCGGUGAUUCGCAAAGGAGUUUGCAUGUCCUGCAACAGAUAUGCAUCUGCAUUCUCUGCUACCUGCCUACCUAUUGACACCAAAAGAUCAGCAGCAGUUCUGUGUUGUCAGCAAAAGAUAUGCAUGUGCAUUAUCUGCUACAUAUUUACACCAAAAGAUCAGUAGCAGUUCUGUGUUGUCAGCAAAAGAUAUGCAUAAUGCAUCUGCAUUAUCUGCUACCUCUUUAUGCCAAAAGAUCAGUAGCCACAAGCUUGAUAAACGCACGAUCCAAGGUUUAGAUAUUGCAGGCUUAAUCGAGUACUGAUUUGGAUCUGUGGUCAAAUUCCUAAUUAAAUGAAGAUUUGGGCUUGAGAAAGAAAUCAAACACUUUCUAGCCAGGUGGAGCAAUAAUCCGAUGGCAACCUACCGUAGUCCAAACCAAACAAGAUUCCCUAGUCAAUUCCUAAAUAAGGCGAUAUAAAUGUAUACACAUACCAGGGACUUGAUUGUGGUGCAACCUAUCGUCAUUGCUGACGGGAAUAUUGAUUGGUCAAAGCUUGGUUUGUGUGGUCAGGUUUUCACGUUGUCUAGAAGAAAGGCCCAGUCCUACUACAGCUCUAUUCAGCACUGAGAUAAAUAAAGUCUUGCGGAGGACGCUACAAGCCUAUUCAGGAAGCGCCAACAAACAAUGAUAGAGUUUGCUGGGUGGUCAAUAACUUGGCUCAGCAGGUCUCAAACACCUGCAGCAUUUUGUAGUCCUACCUCACAAAGAUGCCAAGAAAAGCUCCAUGUUUCUCCUGACUCAAUCUUUUGUGAUAGACUGACUGAUUGCUAGUAAUUGCACAUUCAAGAGCUAGCUGGGACACUCUGCAAACCAGCAAGAGCAGGAGCAAUUCUCCAGGCUUUUGUACAUUCAGAGGACCUAGCCCUUCCACUGGUAAGUGGUAACAAGAUUUGCAUCUAAAGUGAUGUGUAUUUGUGUUAUUUCUUUUUGUCUGUUGCAGUUUCAUGACGUGAACUGAAUUGCUUGUUGACCUGAUGUGCUUAUGACUGACCAAGGCACCAACCCAUUCAGGCAAGGUGGCAAUGCAGUGAUCUGGAAAUUACAGUUUAUAAUCGCAUUUGAUAAUGAAACUGAUUGAAGGUAAUGAUUUUCUUUGUCCCAUUAUUUUUCAGGAAAAAA